AUGUUAGAUUUACAGCCUGUUCUGCACCUGGCAACGCAUUGGGAUAGCACGAUGCUCCAGUGCUUGGUCGAUGCAUUUGUGCAGGUUGCAACAAUGCACAAUGUAGUUGUCCACCCCAAAUAUAAUGGCCUGGGCAUCGGCUCCACCAUCGUGGAGCGCCUCCUGCAGCAGGUGGUUAGAUUGGGGAUCUGCGAAGUUGGCGCGAUGGUGCCACUGCAUUUAGAAGGCUAUUUUGCCCUCUGUGGCUUUGGCGACGACCCCGAAUCGGCGCUGCCAAUGACGUACAGGAAGCACAAGGACAGGUUCACAUUCUCCCCUCCAAGGCUUACCCCCACUCUGCAUCAUUUGCUGCUUCAAGAAUCAUCGAAGUCAGAAGGAAGGAUGUGA